AUGGAACGUUUUGUAAUAAAACGAUUGUUUUAUAAUUUAUCAAACGACGAAGAAAACGUUUGGAAAUUAUGUGAAGACGUUAGUCAAAAGCAUCCAACGGAAUUAAAUAAAUGCAGCGUCGUUUUUGUGAGCAACGAAAGGAGGACGGUGUUAUUAUGGCGUCAAAGAGCCGGAAGAGAUGAAGAUAAAAUGGUCAUUUGGGAUUACCACGUGUUGUUUCUCUACCAUCCGGACGAUCGAUGUUUAGUUUACGAUUUGGAUUCCGAAUUACCUUUUCCAACGUAUUUUCACAAAUACGUCACGGAAACGUUUAGAACGGAUCAAAUAUUAAAACCAGAAUUUUUUAGGUAUUUUCGAGUCGUGCCUGCUCCGGUGUAUUUAAAAAAUUUGGCGACGGAUCGACGACACAUGAAAAGAUCUGAUGGAAGUUGGAUAAAACCACCGCCGGAUUACAAUUGCAUAAAAACACCGAGUUCAUCUCACAAUUUAGACGAUUUCAUUAGCAUGAAAGUUUCCGAAGGUUAUGGGGAAGUUUUAAAUUUAACGGAAUUAGUAAAAAAAUUUUACAAGCAGUAA